UCUUUCUACAUUAAUUUUUUCAUAUAUUGCAUCUUUUUUUUUUUUUGUUAUUUCUCUCUAUAUAUGGAAGAAUUUAAAAACCAAAAUCUCCUUCAACCUCUCAUACAAAAAACCAACACAAAUUCUUAUGAAAAUGACCACAAAAUCAUUUCUUAUUCAUCAAAUCAAAGUAUAAUCCUUAGACUUUUUAUGGUCAUUUUUAUAGGAAUAGUCUCUUUAUGGGCAAAUUAUGAAGUCUCCAAAGGUUUUUCCAUAACUAUUGUCAAUGAAACCAUUAAGGGUACAAUUGCAAAUAAGCGUUUCGAUCUUUUUUACAUGUCUAACGAUGAAGCAACACGUUUAGUCCUUAGGACUAGUAAAUUUGUUGAAAAUAUUCUUUACCCUGUCGACGAUCAACAUGAAAUCAAGAAGCAAGUCAAACAUGUCAUAAUUCAACUAUCUAGUCGGAAUUUGACUGGUCCAGUCAUCGUUAACAAUGAUGAGUUUGUAAUUCAUAUAAGUCCUUCGAUUUUGGAAGGCCCUGAUUAUAAACGCGACAUGUUUUUGGCAUUUCAAGAAGGUAUGGCGCGUAUAUGGCUUUGGGAUGGUCAAGGUAAUGCCCCAUCUAGUCUUGUAAAUGGCAUGGUUGAGUAUAUUACUAGUUUGGCUAGUUUAUCUGAACGUGUUACGUCAGAAUCUGAAUCAGUCAAGUCGGUGAAAUUAAAUCGGAGUUGUUGGAAGAGCAAGGAUAAAAGGACUAUAGUAAAGUUAUUGAAUUAUUGUGAGGGGAAAAAAGAAGGAUUUUUUAGAAGAUUGAAUAAAGAAAUGAAAAAUGUUUGGCAUGAGAAAAUAAUUGAUGAUAUAUUAGGAAUGCCAGCUUGGCAUUUAUGUGAAACUUAUAAUAAGUUUGUGAUUUGAGUAAAUAACUUUACAAAUGAAUGAAUCAGAUCGAUUUACAAAACGAUGAGAUUCGUAUAAAUUAUAUAUUUCGUUAUUUUAGGGUUUGA